CUGCGCAUGCAUAUAAUAGACCAUAAAAUUGUUGCUAUAUAUAUAUAUUUUAAUUCAACUUUUCUAUUACCCAAAGGCAAAUCCUGCUUUAGAGGUCAGUGGGUGUUUUAAUUUAUCUGCACUGACGUCAUACAUGUGAGCGACUGCCUCAUGUUGUUCCAUCCGUAGUUUACGUUUUCCUGCUUUACUUGGCCGGUCAUGCAUAGCAAGAUGCUGAGGACACUGUCUGUGGCUUUGGCAAGCACUGCAGAUUCACUGAGUCCAGUGAAAACUUCGAAACUUCCCACAUUCCUCAUCAGUCUCUUAGAUCCUCGGACUGGGAACAGGAAUUGUGCUGGACAUUUCUGCAUUGAUAAAGCAUAGCAGAAGACCCUACUCUGGUGCCUGUCUGAGGCCAUGCCAGCUGUUUAUGGCAGCGCUCUCACUGUCAGCAUCCCUACAGAAGUUUUUCUAUAAUUUUCAGUAGGACAAAGCCAUUUAGACAGGUUACUACAUGCAACCUAACAGAAAGACAUAACUCUCAGUGGAACGUAGCAGCAAGGCUGCAAAAACCUAACCCUUGCAAUUCUAGCUUUGCAACAAUGACAGAGAUGAAUCUUUUGGGUCAUAUGGGCGCUGUUGCUCUGUACUGUGUCUUGUCUCUGGUCAUGCCGGCGAUCCUGCGUGCUGAGUUUACUCUGGCCAGUGUGAGUGAGCACCACAUCAUCAUCUGUACCUGCAUGCAGGACCUGGUAGCCUGCAGCAUUAUCAACUCCAGUGAGUGUGUUUGUCACAACCAUCCAUUCUCCCUGCUGGAGCACAGCGACAGCCCCAGCACAGUGACUUACAAGCGUCUGACAGUGUGGUACACUUCACCACUCAACGUUGCACGCCUGCUGAACAACUCAGAGGUCCGCCACCUGGCUCUGGCCAAGUGCAACUCAGCAGGAGGUGCUUCGCUGUCUGUUCACUACUUCACAGUGAGGAGGCUGGAGAGACUGUAUGUCUCAUACCCAUUCUGGAUGCCUGGGCAGAACCAUGAUGUUGUGCUGGGGAGAGAUAUGGGCAUGCCUUACCAUGAGGAGCCCAGGAUAGCUGUUAUUCACACGGAUGUGUUGGUGGGAAAGGCUGAGUUGAAAGCAUACACAGUUAAAACCGUAGUGGACAGCAAUGGCCUGACUCCAUUCCCUGAAAUGUUUAUGCCUAUGGAUGAACUUCCAGAAAUGUCCAGCAUAUUUGUAUCUUUCUUGUACUAAGUGGCAUUUGGUUAAAAAGAUUCUUAGAGACUAUAUUUUAUAUAUAUAUAUAUAUAUAUAUAUAUAUAAUAUACCUUUAAUGAAGAAAGAAAAAUUCUUUAAAUGCACACAUUAAAUCUAAUAUUCUUUGGGUUGUUUCAUCUGGGAGAUCCCUAAUCAAGAAAUGGGAUUAAGUUAACUACCCUAGUGUAAAAGAAGUAUGGAAUACACUGAUCAGGCGUAACAUUAUGACCACCGAGAAGUGACAUGAAUAAAACUGAUUAUCUCCUUAUCAUGGCACCUGUUAGUGGGUGGGAUAUAUUAGGCAGCAAGUGAACAUUUUGUCCUCAAAGUUGAUGUGUUAGAAGCAGGAAGAAUGAGCAAAUUGUGACGGCUAGACGACUGGAUCAGAGCAUUUCCAAAACUGCAGCUCUUGUGGGGUGUUCCCGGUCUGUAGUGGUUAGUAUCUAUCAAAAGUCCUGUACGUCUGUUAAGUCCUGUUGAGACUUAAAGGAUCUGCUGCUUACAUCUUGGUGCCAGAUACCACAGCACACCAUCAGGGAUCUAGUAAAGUCCAUGCCUCAAUGGAUAGGGGCUGUUUUGGCAGGAAAAGGGGGACCAACACGAUAUUAGGCAGGUGAUCAUAAUGUUACGCCUGAUCGGUGUAGGUCUAUAUAAUUCAUUAAUUUAUUGUUGUUAAUUGUUAAUUUAUUGGGAAAUAAUCUAGACAUAACUGGAAAGGGCAAGUCUGGAUAACUCAAAUGAAGCACUUAUCUUGUAGCACACCUGCAAUUAUCCAGUCAGCAAAUUAUUUGGCAGUAGAACAACGCAUACCAUCAUGCAGAUACAUGUCAACAGUCUCAGUUAAGUUUCACAUCAAACAUUCGAUUGUGGCAUGGUUAUUAGUGCCAGAUGUGCUUUUUUGAGUAUUUCAGAAACUGCUGAUCCCCUAGGAUUUUCACACAUACCAGUCUCUGGAGUUUACAAAAAAAUAAAGUGAAAAAACAUCCAGUGAGGAUCAGUGUGGGAUGAAGAAUCUUGUUAAUGUAAGAGAUCAGACUCACUGAACUGAAGUUUGAAAGAAGAUUGAAACAAAUGUUGCUUGAUCUGACAAAUCUCCAUACUCCAGAAUCUGGAGUCAACAGCAUGAAUCCAUAGACCCAAUCUGUUUAGUGUCAAUAGUUUAGGGUGGUGGUGAAGGUAGGGGGAUGGUGUGGGGAUGCACUGACACACAUUGGCUCUUUAAUACCAUUUCAACAUUGUUUAAAUGCCACAGCUUUUUUGUGUAUUGUUGAGUAUCAGAUUUUCCAUCAUAUAAUGGCUACUUGAUUAGCAGCAGGAUCAUGUGCCAUGAAGCACAAAUCAUCUCAAACUAGUUCCACAAAUAACACAACCUGGGGACAUCCAUGUCAUGAAAAAUUGAGUAGUACACACUAGUUCCUAAUAAAGUGACAAUAUAUACUUACUGUCCCAUAUCUACUAGAAGACAAAUCUAGGCUCAUGAUAACUUAAAGUCUUAUGGAAACUGCUUCACCAAACAAGUGCACCUGCCUUAAUAAAACACUUGUCCACUCAAAUCUGAGCGUGAUUAAUGAAAAUGUCAGUAAAUGCAAACAUUCAGGUAUCUUAUGGCUUUGCUGUGUGAAUUUUUUUUUAAAGUUUAAUUGCCAAAUGUUCUGCGUUUUCAAAAAAUUGUACAUCUGCUUCACUGACAAGCUUCAUUGCCACCAGUCACCAAUACUGACACUGUACUCUGUACAAAUAAGUACUCUGAGCAUACAGUUGUAAAGACUGUUAAAGUUCACAGACAGUAAAACAAUUCAUAUAUACAGUCAUCUGUAAUCCUUUGCAAAAUAUCUCAGCAUUGGACAAAAAGAAAAAAAGAAGAUGCUCGCAAAAGUAAUGACAAUAUGUUUAAAACAGGUCCCUGGGUUAGUCCCAUACAGUCCUGAUGAUGUUUAUAUAUGAAAAGUCUAUUGCUUAAUAUACAGCAUUCUUGGAUAUGUAUCAUUUGAUAUAGAUUUGCUCAUUUCUGAUGUUCACAGAAGUAUAAGAGUGAAGGUAUUCUGCAAAAUUACAUAUACACUGAUCAGCCAUAACAUUAUGACCACCUGCCUAAUAUUGUGUUGGUCCCACUUUUGCUGCCAAAACAGCCCUGACCCCUCAAAGGCAUGGACUCCACUAGAUCCCUGAAGAUGUUAGCAGCAGAUCCUUUAAGUCCUCUAAGUUGCAAGAUGGACCUCCAUGGAUCGGACCUGUUUGUCCAGCACAUCCCACAGAUGCUCGAUUGGAUUGAGAUCUGGGGAAUUUGGAGGCCAAGUCAACACCUCAAACUCAAACCAUGUGCACCCUGAAUGAUCUGCAGCUAUGUGGCCCCAUAUGCAACAAACUGUGAUGCACUGUGUAUUCUGACACCUUUCUAUCAGAACCAGCAUUAACUUCUUCAGCAGUUUGAGCAACAGUAGCUCGUCUGUUAGGUCGGACCACACAGGCUAGCCUUCGCUCCCCACAUGCAUCAGUGAACCUUGGCUGCCCAUGACCCUGUUGCCAGUUCACUACUGUUCGUUCCUUGGACCACUUUUGAUAGAUACUGACCACUGCAGACCGGGAACACCCCACAAGAGCUGCAG